AUGAUAGUAAUGGCGAAGGCUAUUUACAUCAAGCUGCAAGGAAUACUGAAAGUAACUGACAAGAGCCUACGACCUCUACGUCCCCCAACACGGCCGGUCACCGCGGGGGUCAUUGACCACAACCCUCCACUCCAGUCACACACACCACUUUACAUAUGCUCCUACAAUGCUAGAUCUCUAUCAUCAGAUGAAAAACUCCUUGUAUUUAAAGAAAGUAUAUCAAAAACAAAACACGACAUAAUUGGACUCGCAGAAAUAAGAAGAAUGGGCUACAAUAUUCUAGAAGAUCAAGAUCACAUAUUUUGCUACUAUGGUGAAAACAAAGGUCAAUAUGGAGUUGGAUUUAUUAUAAAAAAGAGACAAAUCAAAUAUAGAAAGUUUUAUAGCUAUAUC